AGCUGCAAUAAAUUCCAUCAAUUUAUCAUACCUAGUUCUGCUGGACCGCUCUACCCAAUACCCCAAAAAUGGGCUCCAAAGACUCCUUCACAGAAUCAACAUGGGAUCUAGGAAUCCACGACGCCCACUGCCACCCAACGGACACCAUGUCCAAAGCUGGGACAAUACCCGCCAUGAAAGCUAAAUCCUUAACAAUAAUGGGAACCCGCAAAUCCGACCUCCCGCUCGUAGCUUCACUCGCGAAAGAUUACCCGGAGAAGGUUGUCCCGAGCUUCGGUUACCAUCCUUGGUUCUCCUACCUUAUCUACGACGACACUGGAUCCGCUGGUGAGAGGGUGGUAGAUAAGCAAAAUCACUACACCACUGUCCUAACCGGGGCCCCGACUGAAGACCUUGUUUCCGCCCUGCCCGCCCCCAGAAAACUAAGCUCCAUCAUAACGGAGCUCCGCAGCCACCUGGAGACCUUUCCGAAUGCACUAGUCGGGGAAAUAGGCAUGGACCGGGGCCUUCGAAUACCAUUCCCGGAAAACACGAGUACGGAAGCGCAUGCAGUGUAUAUCCCAGGAGACACCGAAGACGGGAAAAGAUUGACAAAUCACCGCGUAUCAAUGGACCACCAGAAGAAGAUCUUUGUCGCGCAGUUGAAGCUAGCCGGAGAACUAAAUCGUGCGGUCAGCGUGCAUGGGGUUCAAUGCCAUGGCGCGCUGUUUGACAUUUUCCGCGAGUUGUGGCGCGGGCAUGAGAUUGAGGUUGAAAGUCGGAAGGAGAUGAAGAGAAGGAGGAGGAGGGUGAAGGGGGGGGUUGACAGACACGAAUAUUUGCCCGACAUUGAGGAGUCGGAGGAUAGUGACGACGAGUUCAGCGAGGAGGUGGGGAAACAGCAAGAGAAAAAACAGGAAUAUACGCCGAAACCCUACCCUCCGAGGAUAUGUCUUCACUCGUUCUCGGCCCCUGCCCAGACACUCCAGCAAUACCUCACCCCACCAUCUCCGAAAAAAAGGUACCCAUCAAAGGUAUUCUUCUCCUUCUCGUCAACCAUAAAUGCCCGGCCGGAAAAGGGGCAUAUGGAGAAGAUUAUGGAGACGGUGAAGAGAGUUCCCGGGGGUAGGGUUCUCGUGGAAAGUGAUUUACAUACCGCGGGUGAGGAAAUGGACGCUGCGCUGGAAGGCGCUGUACGGGUUAUUGCGGGGAUAAAGGGGAUGGGAAUAGACGAGUGUGUGAAGGUGCUGGGGGAAAACUGGAGGGAGUUUGUUUUUGGCGACGUUUGAUGGGCUAUUAUUAUACGAGUGCCCGUAGUAAAGGCAGUACCAUAUUGACCCCUUA